UCUCACCACACCUAUACAAGAAAGCAUUCGCCUACCAUGCCACCCAUCUCACUCGAACACUCGUUAUCGCCUCUCCCCACGAGUUGCUUGCCGCCAGUCAAGUCCGCUCUCACGAAAACCCACACGACCAACAUGCAUUCUGCUCCGCCGCAGAGAGUAUCAUGCGAAUGCCGUCGUCCCAAGCAUUGCGCCGAUCGGCUUUCCCAUUCCUGUCAUUCAUCGCGAAAGGGCCCCCUGCCGCUACUUUUCCACAUCGGUGUUCCUCUUUGCGCUGCCCCCUUUUCUCCGCCAUCAUCACAACGGGUCCGUCUCAGCUCAGCCUGGGUCAGGGCUCGUAUAUAGACAAGACACUUUCUCGCUGCUCCCUUUUUUCUUCUCCCCUUUGCGCCAACCAAGUACGACAAAGGUACAAGCACUCUACUCUCGCAGCAUUCAAAAAGAGCAUCCUUGCGUGUACUAUUAUCCCUGUUCUCUUUUGCGCCGCUGGUCUACUGCCUCCUUUGUGCGAGUAUACAUAUCGUCAUGUUGGAAAGGGACCGCAGCUGCUUGCCCAGUUGCAAGGCAUCUACUUAGGUCCUUUGUAAAUUGCAAAUUAUAGCCGGCCGCUGCUCCUCGUCU